AUGACGAUGGCGAGGCGGGACCCGAAUUGCCCCCGGACUUUGAGGAAGACAUCCCCGACGAUGAAGAGGGCCGCUUUUUUCGGUGGAGGCAUGGAGCAGAAGACUGCCCAGGCUAUGCAAUAUAUUGAUCAGAAUGAAGAGGAUGAGGCUGCGCCUGAGAAAUUCGAUGCCGCCUGGGUGCGCCGUUUCGCUCUGAAUUUCGAGAAGAAAAUAUCCAAGAACGCCGAGCUUCGUGCUAAAUUUGAGAAUGACCCGCAAAAGUUCAUGGCCUCAGAGGCUGACCUCGACACCGAGAUCAAGGGACUGUCGAUUCUGUCGGAGAAUUCCGAUCUCUAUGAGGAAUUUGCCAAGAUGGGCUGUGUCGCCUCGUUGGUCUCGCUACUCUCGCAUGAGAAUGCGGAUAUUGCUAUCGAUACCAUUCAGAUCAUCAGCGAACUAACUGAUGAGGAUGUCGAGGCUGAACAGGAGCAGUGGGAUAGUUUGGUCAACGCUAUGAUGGAUGCCGAUCUCAUCGAACUUUUGACCCAGAAUCUCUCUCGCCUUGACGAAAGCGCAGAAACUGACAGGACUGGUGUUUACUACAUUCUUAGUGUCGUGGAAAACCUAUCGUCCCAAUCCGCGCUUGCAGAGAAGAUCGGACAAGAUGCUUCCGUUUUGCCUUGGAUUCUAUCCCGUAUACAGCAGAAAGAAGCCCCAGUGUCCCAGAACAAGCAGUAUGCUGCGGAGAUCCUGGCGAUUCUUUUGCAAUCCUCACCUAAGAACCGAGAAAAGUUUGUUGGGCUUGACGGUGUCGAUGCUCUCCUUCAGCUCCUCAGUCAAUACCGGAAACGGGACCCGGCGAAGGACUCGGAGGAGGAGGAAUAUGUCGAGAAUCUCUUUGACUCCCUGGCUUGCAUCGUUGAUGAUGAUGCUGGCAAAGAGAAGUUCAUCGAGGCGGAGGGCAUUGAGCUGGCUCAAAUCAUGCUCCGGGAGAGCAAGUUUAGCAAGCCCAGAGCUCUUAAGAUUCUCGACCACGCUCUUGGUGGCUCAGGGGGAGCCCCAGCGUGCGAGCGUCUGGUUGAGGCAGCUGGGUUGAGAACGAUUUUCGGAAUGAUGCACGUGGCUAACAUCAUGCAGCAAGAGGGUCAAAAUACCGAGCACCUGCUGGGUAUAUUUGCUUCCCUUCUUCGCCUUCUACCCGGUGGUUCUGCCCCGCGUAUCCGAGCUCUUGCCAAGUUCAUGGAGAAGGAUUACGAGAAGAUUGAGAAGCUCAUCAAGCUGAGACGGGAAUAUGCGGCCCGUGUAUCUCCCGUCGAGCAGGCCAUUGAGAAGGAGCGCAAAGGUCUCUCGCAAGAUGACCAGGAAUUUAUGGCUGGCGAGUGGUUGUCACGCCGGUUCGACGCUGGUUUGUUCUCUUUACAGACCAUUGACGUUAUCUUGGCAUGGCUGGUCGCCGAAGACGAUGGAGCGAAGAAAAAGGUUGUCUCACUUUUGGCAGACCGCGAUGAGGAUCUGUCCUUGGUUCGGGGUACUCUACAGGAACAACUGGAAGGACUUGGAGAGGAGGACCAAGGUCAAAAAGACUUUAAGGAUAUGCUGAGCACUUUAUUGCAAUUUGUUUGAGCAAGUUAGAGAGCUAAGCAGCACCUUGUAGCAUACUUCUUAGUGCCAUAUUAUUUUACUUUUCAUUAUUACCUGGA